AUGCAUGAAUCUGUCCAGGCCUCGCCGGCUGCGGAGCGUUCUCGAGGCACGAUGCAGCGUCAAGGAACUACCAUCGCCGGUCCCUCUCACGAUCCAUCACCCAGAUCAAGCUCCCGCGCGCGAGCAUCCAACAAAGUCUUCGGCACGACGGAGCUCCUCGAGGACAUCCUACUUCACCUGCCUUUACAAGACAUUCUCAAGAUGCAGCGCGUCAGCAAGCUCUCCAAUGCAGUUAUCAAAAGCUCCCCAAAGAUUCAGCGCGUGAUUUUCUUCACUCCGCACACGGAACUCGUCAGCAAAGCCCCUCUCACCGAUCCAGAUUUCGGACCGAAAUACAAGCAAGGCAUCAUUGCAACCAUGAUCUUCCAGACAACUGCUGGAUUGGUUAGACCCGGCCAUUACACCACCCUCUUUCGUGAUUCGGCUGCAAGCACUUGGAGACAACACAGCAUUUCCCAGCCGCCUUGCACCCACAUCCGAUACCAAGGCGCCAUCGACGGGGAGACUCACACGGUGAGCAAUCCCAACGGUGUGACUUUCGGGGACGUAUUCGACGCCGUCAAGAAGUGCAUGCCAGUCUUGGACCGGGAACGCAAGAUGGGUCCAAUGAAGGGACGUGAGCCUUAUAUGGAACUUCCCAAGGAAGUUACUGGCUGGGAUGUGCAGGUGCUGUUGAAGGAGGUCUUGGAUGAAGUGCUCCACGGCGAUGAUGAGCUCGGAGGCGUGACGCUUAAUACCAAUGUCUGA